AAGUAAUAGACUCUAUUAAAUAGAGCAAGAAUUUUAACCGUAUCUGUCUGUCUGCAAAGGCCAUGCUUCUCCACACUGCACGUACUCACUGCUGGUUGCUUGGUUCAAAUUUCCUUGCGGGUUCUUCACAGCGGCAUCCACAGGGUCUGCAUUUUCUGCGGAUCCUUAUCAGUAGACAAUUGGGUCUGGCUCUCCCGUUCCUUCCCGUCUUCUCUGCCUCUCUCUCCUCCACAUCGCUUUGCUUUUGCCUCUCCUUGCGCUCGGCUGGGAACAUCGCCUCUCCUGGGGCAGCAGCGCGCUGCGGAGCAGCAGGGACUGCCUGUGGGGCAUGGAAGAAGCCUCCUUCGCCGCCGUGAAAGGAGCAAGAGGAGCCGGCGAGCGCUGCUGCCUGUGACCCGGGCAUCCAGCCCGCUGCCCCUCUGCCUGGGGAGCCCAUCCACACAGAGCUCUCUCCCUUCCCUCCCUCCCAGGUCUCCCUCUGCAGAGCCUGGUGGAGCCAGUCCCCACAGGAGCCGAACCAAAAGGGAGCAUGGAGCUGCUGUCCACUCCCCACAGCAUCGAGGUCAAUAACAUCACCUGUGACUCCUUCCGCAUCUCCUGGGCCAUGGAGAACAGUGACCUGGAGAGGGUCACCCACUAUUUCAUCGACCUCAACAAGAAGGAGAAUAAGAACUCCAACAAAUUCAAGCACCGGGAUGUCCCCACAAAGCUUGUGGCCAAGGCUGUGCCCCUGCCCAUGACGGUGAGAGGCCACUGGUUCCUGAGCCCCCGCACAGAGUACAGCGUGGCGGUGCAGACUGCAGUGAAGCAGAGCGACGGGGAGUACCUGGUGUCCGGCUGGAGCGAGACAGUCGAGUUCUGCACCGGAGAUUAUGCCAAGGAGCACCUGGCGCAGCUGCAGGAGAAGGCGGAGCAGAUCGCGGGCCGCAUGCUGCGCUUCUCUGUCUUCUACCGCAACCAUCACAAGGAGUACUUCCAGCACGCCAGGACCCACUGCGGGAACAUGCUGCAGACCUACCUGAAGGACAACAGCGGCAGCCACGGCUCCCCAACCAGCGGCAUGCUCCACGGGGUCUUCUUCAGCUGCAACACGGAGUUCAACACAGGCCAGCCCCCACAAGACUCCCCCUACGGCCGCUGGCGCUUCCAGAUCCCUGCCCAGCGCCUUUUCAACCCCAGCACCAACCUCUACUUUGCGGACUUCUACUGUAUGUACACAGCCUACCACUACGCCAUCCUGGUGCUGGCCCCCAAGGGCUCCCUGGGGGACCGCUUCUGCCGAGACCGCCUGCCCCUUCUGGACAUUGCCUGCAACAAGUUCCUGACCUGCAGCGUGGAGGAUGGGGAGCUGGUCUUCCGCCACGCCCAGGACCUCAUCCUGGAGAUCAUCUACACUGAGCCCGUCGACCUGUCCCUGGGCACCCUGGGGGAGAUCAGUGGCCACCAGCUCAUGAGCUUGUCCACUGCUGACGCCAAGAAAGACCCCAGCUGCAAGACCUGCAACAUCAGUGUGGGCCGCUAGGGACUCCGGGAGAGCUGGGGGGCUAGGGAGAAACGACAGGCGGGUGGUGGUGGGUGACGUAAGUUCAGGGAGCUGGCUUUCUCUCUCCUGCCCCCCUACCCUCUCCACACUGUCAGCUCCCCUCCCCCUCUUCUUGGCAUUAGAGGUAACAGAGGGUGGUCCCCCUGGUAGGCGUGGCCCACCCAUGCCUGGUAGACUUGAACAGGCUCUUGGCUUCAGUAGGUGGUGGGGGCAGGGGGUGGGUUCCUGGAGACUUCCUCUUCCCUCUGAUGUCCCCGUCCUGCUAUUUCUCGCUUCAUUCCAGGCCUCCAUCUCACGGAGACUUGCAGCCUCUGGGCUCUUUCGGGAAAGCCUCUCUAGGCCAAAGCCCACAUGUAGCUUGCCUGCCUCCCGAGGGGACACAGACCUGUGGGGUGCCCUUCCUUAGCCCCACCCACCCCACUCAGGACCACCAGAGGGUGCCCCUCCCUGCUCAGCUGGGCCUGGGGACUUCCUACUCCAGACCUGGCCUUCCCUCUAUAAAUAGUCGCCUGCACACCCAUGUCUUCCUGCCCCUCGGCACCUGCAUGGGGAGAGCUGUCCCCCGCACCUGCGCUCUAGAAAGGGGCCCUCUUUUUUCUCUUGGCUUUGGGGCAUCCAGGCUGUUGGAAUUUGUCCUUUGUUCUGGAGAUAGCAUAGAUCUAGAGGAUCUUCUCCCUUGCCCCGAGCACUGGAGUCUGGAAUGGCAGCUACUGGGGUCGAGGAGGGGGAAAGAGACCCCUGAGACCCAGAGGGACCCCUUCCCUUUCUGGGCUGGGAGUGGGUCGCCUCUUGUCCUGAGGGGUCUGGUGUGGAAGUAGACCUGAGGGCUUGCCCACAGAGCCCGGCACCCGCCUGGCUGUGAACUUGCUAGCUCUCUGUGUGUGAUCUGGACUGUGGUUUCCCUGCCACCUGCCUGUCGCCCCCGCCCACUGGCACUGUCUGCACUCCCCCUUUAGCCUAUUGUUGGAGAGUCCCUUCCCUGGGGAGCUCCUGUUGAAGACUUUCCUGGACCUAACAGCAUUUUUACCUGUUUUCCUACUUUUGUACGGGUCACCACGGUGGUGAGGGUAGACCCCCUGAGACAAGCAGACCAGGUGGGUGAGGAGGGGAGGUAUUGAUGGAGGCAGCUAGCUGUUUGGGGAUGAUGGGGGUGAUGUCAGAUGGAGGAGAACAGCCUCCAUAAUGACAACCCGAUUUCUGUGAUGAAGGACAGAAGGGGCCGCAGGCCAAUAAGGCCAUGUCUCAGUGAGGGGCAGGUGGGACAGCUGGUCGCCUCUUCUGUAGCCACAGGGAGUGGUGUGGUCAGCUGUCUCUGUGGCAUGGAUCAGGUCUGGGGACCUGGGAGAUGCAUGGAGUAGGAGAGGACAUGGCCCUCAGGCCCUCUCCCCCUCUGCUGGCAGCAUCGCUGUGCGGUGGCCCGCUGCCCUCCCUUGGCCCCGUGUCUGCCCUGACCUGGGGCACGCCUGCCUGUGCUGUGCUUGCGAUGUGUACCAAUAAACAAGCCACCAUGGCCUGAGAGCC